AUGCCCCCUGGGUUCAAGCUGUGGCGCGCACAUGUCCCGGUGACCAUCGGCAUCCUCCUGCUCUUAGGGGUGCUCGUGCAAAGGGGGCGGGCGCUUACCCGACCGGUUUCUGCUGCGCUUUGGCUGAUGCCCUCGCGCGGUGGAAGGCUGCGCAAUGCUAACCUGACCCCCGAGUACCGACGGGGGCUCCGAACGGCUGCUUUCUGGCUAUAUGAUCUCGCUCGCUCUCUGGGCACAAGGCUCACCCGAUCUACUCCCGCACCCGUGGUGGAUAGAGUGCUGGAGAGGUGCAUCGACGUGGCUUACCAGAGGGGGGAGAAGCUCUACUUUGUCAGAUUGGGACUUAUUGGGCUACAGCGGGUUUUCCAUUUAUCAGGGCCUUUGUUACGGGGCUCCUGGGCGGCUAUUCGUGGAUGGCGUGUUCUACAACCUGUACGCUCGCGCGUGCCCAUGUCAAAGGCGAUCCUCAAGAGUCUGCUUGUCACCUUGUUGGCUACUGGGCAUGGUCUAGCUGGGCGCAGUCGUGAACAGUAUUGGGCUAGUUUCCUUGCCACCUGGCUUAGCUUUGAAGGUCUUCUUCGCCCUGGUGAAACGAGUGUUUUGAGAGUGGGCGACCUGUGCUUCCCGGAUGGGGUGGCGGGAGAAGAUGCUCAAGAGGGCCUGGUGGUGACGAUCAGGAAACCGAAGACCCGCAGGCUUUGGCAAACUCAGUUUGUCCUCAUUAAGUGCUCGGAGCUUAUCGCCUGGCUGCGGUGGUGGUGUUCGGGGUGGUCGCGAGAUCGGCUUCUGUUUCGAUUCAACCGGAGGCGUUGGUAUCAGAUUUUCCAACAUGGCCUCCUACGCCUCUGCCUUGAGGACCGUGGCUUCACGCUGGGUAGCCUCCGCAGCGGAGGUGCAACGUGGCACUUCAGGACAUAUGAAAACCUGUCAACUUUACAGUACUUGGGUCGCUGGGCUCGCGCCGACACAUUGCGCUACUACCUGCAUGAGGCUUUGACAGUCCGAGUGGAAGCGGAGAGUCGGCCGGAAGCCAAGCAGCACCUUGAGUUUGCACUUAGCCAUGACAGCGGAGGUUUGAAACCUGUCACAGAGGCCCUCUUGUCUGCGGUUGACUCGGCGGCGGCCCAGCUGGGCCCUCUGGAGGUGGACUCUGGCUUGACUGCCAAAGACAUCCUGGAAGAUGACCAAACUCGCGCUACCGCGGAUGGUUACAGCACUGCAGCCAUGGAUCACGCCUUCGUCUUCAAGGAGACCUGCGGGUUGACUUUGGUAGUGGCGCUGCUUUUGCUGGCGAUGCUCUUCCCCAAGUUGGUUGCUUUACUUCUGGGAGGCCUUGUGCGCUUCGUGCUUCGUGGUGUGGCCACCCUAGCAGGCUCCUUGGUCAAGGAGCUCCUCUUCCAGGCCUCUGCGCUGAUCGGUGAGUUGGAGCAACAUCUGAUCGUUUGGCUCAGCGCUCAGUUUGGACUACAAAGUCCUGCCCCAGCUCCAGUACCGAUUGCUACAGCACUUCCAGGCAGCACGUCAAGCCAAGACAAUUAUGAACGGGUGCAUCCCCCGUCUUCCCUCCCUGCCCGCCCGAUGGAUGUGAUCACUUGGGUUCUCCUCGCCUACAACGCCUACCUUCAGCGCCAACGAGGGGGGGUGACCAUGCAGCAAGCAGUCGGAAGCGUUCUUCAUGGACAGGCCGUGCGGUGCAUUCGUCUCAAGCUUUACCACCACCGCCCCGCCGCCACUACAAGGCUGACUUUGCCAAUGAAGACGUCAUUGGCUGCACAGAGCUUUGUAAGCCUCGGCUUUGCCUAG